GCACUCGAUGGGAUGAGCGUGCGGGCGUGGGAGCCGCUGGACGAGUUCGAGGUGCGCGUGGCCAUGGGCAACGUGGCAGGCAGCUCCGCCGGCCCAGACGGGUGGACAGGCACGGAGCUCGCGGGGAUGGUGCCGAUGGUUCAGGCUUGGGACGGAGUUCUUCAACGAAUGCAGGAGAGACGCAAGAGGUUGCCCACCAGCUUGUCGGAGGCCAGACAGGUGCACCUGCCGAAGGCAGCGGGCAGGGACAGCGACGGCGCCAUGGAGGUCGAGGCCAUGAGGCCCGUCACGAUCUUCAGCUGUUUUUGCAGGUGUUGGGCAUCGGCACGCCUGCGGUCCACGUCCUGCCCGCAGUGGACAGAGGAAUGGUGGCCAAGCAGCUGCCGCGGAGCCAAGAGAGGAGCGUCGGUCUGGGGCGCCGCGGCGGUCAUCGCGGAGCAGAUGGAAGCAGGGGCGUACGGGGCCAGCCAGGACUGCUCGAUGUGCUUCGACUGCGUCGACCCCUGGGUCGCGGAGGAGGCGUUGAGGCUGCUCGGGGUGCCGGGCGGGCAGCGGAUCAUCCUGGGGGGGCCAUGGUCCCCGCUGGCGCUCACAGCGGUGCUGGCCGGACCGUUUUUCGAGGCGCAUGCCGCGGCGCCAUGGGCAGAGUUCGCCCUCUUCGUGGGCGACAGGACGCCGACGGCGCCCGCGCUUCCAGAGCUCUUCAAAGCCGCGGAGGUGUUGUUGGAAUGGACCAGCGUUCUGGGUCUCAAGAAGAACGAAGGCAAACGUCAGUUGGCGGCGGCAACGCCGAGCAAGCGCCGGCAGCUUUUGCAGCUUGGGUCUCCGGCUGACAGGGUCCGCGACGAGCUGGAGGUCUUGGGCGCGAAGUUCACGGGGGGGCCGAAGAGGGUUAAGAUGGGCAAGGGAGCGCCCAGGAAGCUCGCGCAAGGGCCCAGACUCGACGUCGCACGCCGGGCGCAGCAGGCCACGGUGAUGGCGGUUGUCAGAACCGCGGCCAAGACGCGGCCGAGCACGACCCCAACGAGGUGGGAGAGAGGCCGAAGAUGGGGUGGCAACGUCGCCGCCAUGCUGAAGACCACGGGGUGGGCGCUGACGGGGGAGCGGGCCUGGCGCCGCGCAGGGCUCGACGAACGUGCGAGCCUGGGCAUGAGCAGCAGGGGCCGGUUCAGACCGAAUGCUUUGGCCCACGUGCUCCAGGAAGGGUGGCGGCGCGCGUGCUUCGUGCAGUGGCAGCGCGUCAACGGGAUCGAGGCCGCGCAGGCGGCGGCGGCGAUAGGCAUGGGGGCGGCAGCUUCCCUGGCCGGCGCCGUCGUGCCCCCCGCGGCGCUGGGCAGCAGCAGGGCGCGGCGGGCCGCGCAGGCGGGCGAUGAAGCGCAGCCGCGGCCGAGGGGGGGGGCCCCCGCUUGGCCCGCGGGCGAGAGACGCCGCGCAGACGGGGUCGGGCGCGUCUUCGAGUGGGCGAUCCACGUCCGGGGCGUGGCGCCGAAGGACAGGCGCGCG